ACGUGACGUGGAAGCACCAUGGCGGCGCUGAGCUGAGCUAUCUGCUGACACUGGUAGCAGGACUUUACUAGCUUCCUUCUGAGGUCCGGGUCGGAAAUGUCGGCCUGAAAGCAGAGAGCAGAGGACACCGAGAGAUGCAGCAGCAGCAAGCAGCGUCACAGCGCCGUCUACAGCAGCAGCAGUUGAAGGUAGAGAACAGUAAAACCAAGAGCAUGUUCCUGUCUCGGGCGCUGGAGAAGAUUCUCUCUGACAAGGAGGUGAAGAGAAGCCAGCACAGCCAGCUGAGGAAAGCCUGUCAGGUGGCUCUAGAUGAAAUCAAGGCUGAAUUGGAGAAACAGAAAGAUGGCACUGUGGUCCCACCUCGAGCCAACUACAUUGAAGCAGACAAAUAUGUCCUGCCCUUUGAGCUGGCCUGCCAGUCAAAGUCACCCCGGAUAGUGAGCACCUCUCUGGACUGUCUGCAGAAACUGAUUGCAUACGGCCACAUCACAGGCAACGCUCCCGACAGCAGGACCCCUGGAAAGCGGCUCAUUGACCGCCUGGUGGAAACCAUCUGCAACUGCUUUCAGGGUCCUCAGACGGAUGAAGGGGUUCAGCUACAAAUCAUCAAGGCCCUCCUGACUACGGUGACCUCCCCUCACAUAGAAAUUCAUGAAGGGACGAUUCUCCUGACCGUGAGGACCUGCUAUAACAUCUACCUGGCCAGUCGCAACCUCAUCAACCAGACCACAGCCAAAGCAACGCUCACACAGAUGCUCAACGUCAUCUUCACUCGCAUGGAGAACCAAGCGGCUCUCGAGGCUCAGGAAAUGGAAAAGGACCGAUUGCGUCUCCCACAACAGAACCCAUCACCCGUGCUCCCUAAUCGGAGAUCGGUUUCCCCUCGCUCAGACAGAACCCCCACUCCUGAGCCACAGAGCUCUCCCUCCCCCGCGGCCAGUACUCCAGACCUCACUUACAGUAACAACACCAGAUCCACACCACCGCCGUCAGACCUGGACCAGGGUGGACCACCGGUUACUCCUGCUAUGAACGGAGAGUCGGACUGCAGCAGUGCUCAGAUUAAUGGAGGAGAAGAGCAGGUCACCCCAGUCACAGAUUCAGUUUUUACCGAGGACAGUGCUGACACACAACCACCAGAGGAGUCGGACAAACCAGAAGACGAAACCAUUGCGGAAACAACCGAAGGACAAGAAGAGGAUCAUAUUGGAGCAGGAGACCAGCAUGCUCUCACCGUGCCCGAACUGACUGAUGUGACCCCAGCUAAAUCUCAUGCUGAAGGUCAGCAGAUGAACGGCAUCAUUGAGGACCGCUCCUCUGUCUCUUCCUCAGAUUUGCUGGAUGCAGAGAGUUUACAGGGACCCCACAGUUCUUCCAGAUUCUCACACAUCCUGCAGAAGGACGCCUUCCUCGUCUUUCGCUCUCUGUGCAAACUCUCCAUGAAGCCCCUGGCAGACGGCCCCCCGGAUCCUAAGUCUCACGAGUUGCGUUCCAAGAUCGUGUCCCUGCAGCUUCUGCUGUCCGUGCUGCAGGGUGCCGGGCCAGUGUUCCGCACACACGAGAUGUUUGUCAAUGCCAUUAAACAGUAUCUAUGCGUGGCACUGUCCAAGAACGGGGUCUCAUCCGUGCCAGAGGUCUUUGAACUGUCGCUGGCCAUCUUCCUCACCUUGCUGUCUCACUUCAAGGUCCAUCUGAAGAUGCAGAUAGAGGUGUUUUUCAGGGAAAUAUUUCUAACCAUUCUGGAAACAUCAACCAGUUCAUUUGAGCACAAGUGGAUGGUGAUCCAGACACUCACACGCAUCUGUGCAGAUGCCCAGUGUGUGGUCGACAUCUACGUCAACUACGACUGCGACUUGAAUGCCGCCAAUAUCUUUGAGCGUCUUGUCAAUGACCUGUCCAAAAUAGCGCAGGGUAGAAGUGGUCAGGAGCUCGGGAUGACUCCCCUGCAGGAACUGAGUCUAAGAAAGAAAGGACUGGAGUGUCUGGUGUCCAUCCUAAAGUGUAUGGUGGAGUGGAGCAAAGACAUGUAUGUGAACCCAAAUCUUCAGGCGAACCUAGGUCAGGAGCAUCCGCCUGACAAUGAUGGGUCCGAGCUGAAGAUUCCAGAGCAGCUGACCGGACGUCGCGACAGCAUAAGCUCUCUGGACUCCACCGUCUCUUCCAGUGUGGCCGUUUCCCAGGCUGACCACCCCGAGCAGUACGAGGUCAUCAAGCAACAGAAGGAUAUCAUUGAACAUGGCAUCGAACUCUUUAACAAAAAGCCCAAACGCGGAGUGCAGUACCUGCAGGAGCAGGGGAUGCUGGGACCUUCAGCUGAGGACAUUGCCCAGUUCCUUCACCAGGAGGACAGACUGGACACGACCCAGGUGGGCGAGUACUUGGGUGAGAACGUCAAGUUCAACAAAGAGGUGAUGUACUGUUACGUGGACCAGCUGGACUUCUGCGGUCGGGACUUUGUCUCAGCCCUGCGAGCCUUCCUGGAGGGCUUCAGGUUGCCUGGGGAGGCCCAGAAGAUUGACAGGCUCAUGGAAAAGUUUGCUGCUCGCUAUCUAGAAUGCAACCAGGGGCAGACGCUGUUUGCCAGCGCUGACACUGCCUAUGUGUUGGCCUACUCCAUCAUUAUGCUGACCACAGAUUUGCACAGUCCUCAGGUAAAAAACAAGAUGACCAAGGAACAGUACAUCAAGAUGAACCGGGGCAUAAAUGACAGCAAGGACCUGCCAGAAGAAUAUUUAUCCUCCAUCUACAACGAAAUCGCAGGCAAGAAGAUUGCCAUGAAGGAGAGCAAAGAGUUUUCAAUCACUCCCAAGUCAUCCAAGCAGAGUGUCGCCAGUGAGAAGCAGCGGCGCCUUCUGUACAACAUGGAGAUGGAGCAGAUGGCAAAGACAGCCAAAGCUCUGAUGGAAGCAGUCAGUCAUGCUCAAGCUCCUUUCUUCAGCGCUACCCACCUGGAGCACGUCAGACCCAUGUUUAAGCUGGCGUGGACUCCGCUACUUGCUGCGUUCAGUGUUGGGCUGCAGGACUGCGACGAUCCUGAAGUGGCCUCUUUGUGUUUGGAGGGCAUUCGCUGUGCUAUCAGGAUUGCCUGCAUCUUCAGCAUGCAGCUGGAGCGGGACGCCUACGUCCAGGCAUUGGCGAGAUUCACUCUGUUGACUGCCAGCUCCAGCAUCACAGAGAUGAAACAGAAAAACAUUGACACCAUCAAGACCUUGAUCACUGUCGCGCACACUGAUGGAAACUACCUAGGAAACUCAUGGCAUGAGAUCUUGCGGUGCAUUAGUCAGCUGGAGCUGGCUCAGUUAAUUGGCACCGGCGUGAAGACGCGCUACAUAUCCGGGGUCGUCCGAGACCGAGAGGUCGGCAUUAAGGGUUUGCCAUCAGGAACAGAGGAGUUCAUGCCACUGGGACUUGGAAGCCUGGUGGGCAGUCAGGACCGAAGACAGAUGGCUCACAUCCAGGAGUCGGUGGGAGAAACCAGCUCUCAGAGCGUGGUGGUUGCUGUGGACAGGAUCUUUACUGGAUCUACCCGACUAGAUGGAAAUGCAAUCGUGGACUUUGUGCGAUGGCUGUGUGCGGUGUCCAUGGACGAGUUGGCGUCGGCGCACCAGCCCAGGAUGUUCAGUCUGCAGAAGAUUGUGGAGAUCUCCUACUACAACAUGAACCGCAUCCGGCUGCAGUGGUCCAGAAUCUGGCAAGUCAUAGGAGACCAUUUUAACAAGGUGGGCUGCAACCCCAACGAGGAUGUUGCUAUCUUUGCCGUGGACUCGCUGAGGCAGCUGUCGAUGAAGUUCCUGGAAAAGGGAGAGUUGGCUAAUUUCCGCUUCCAGAAAGACUUCCUUCGGCCCUUUGAGCACAUUGUGAAGAAGAACAGGUCUCCCACUAUCAGAGACAUGGUCAUCCGCUGUGUUGCACAGAUGGUCAACUCUCAGGCAGGUAACAUCCGCUCCGGCUGGAAGAACAUCUUCUCAGUCUUCCACCAGGCUGCGUCUGACCACGAUGAGACCAUUGUGGAGCUGGCCUUCCAGACGACUGGACACAUUGUCUUGAACACAUUCCAGCAGCACUUUGCUGCCGCCAUCGAUUCCUUCCAGGAUGCCGUCAAGUGUUUGUCGGAGUUUGUUUGCAACGCAGCGUUCCCUGACACCAGCAUGGAGGCCAUCCGGCUCAUCCGUCACUGCGCUAAAUACGUCUCUGAAAAACCUCAGGCUCUAAGGGAAUACACCAGCGAUGACAUGAACGUUGCCCCCGGCGACCGGGUGUGGGUUCGUGGCUGGUUUCCCAUCCUGUUUGAGCUUUCAUGUAUCAUCAACCGCUGCAAGCUGGAUGUCCGGACAAGAGGUCUCACCGUCAUGUUUGAGAUCAUGAAGAGUUAUGGCCAAACCUUUGAGAAACACUGGUGGCAUGACCUCUUCAGAAUAGUCUUCCGAAUCUUUGACAACAUGAAGCUUCCGGAGCAGCAGACCGAGAAAACCGAGUGGAUGACUACAACGUGUAACCAUGCUCUUUACGCCAUCUGCGAUGUGUUCACCCAGUUCUAUGAGCCCCUUAGUGAAAUCCUCCUGGUCGACAUUUUCACACAGUUGCAGUGGUGUGUCCGGCAAGAUAAUGAGCAGCUGGCUCGCUCGGGCACCAACUGCCUGGAAAAUUUGGUGAUUCUGAACGGAGAGAAGUUCAGUCCUGAGGUGUGGAAUAUCACCUGCUCCUGUAUGCUGGAGAUCUUCCAGAACACAAGUCCGCAAGUUCUGUUGACUUGGAGACCGGCUGGACAGGACGAGGAAGCCACUGACAACAAGCACUUUGAUGCUGAGUUUGACAGCCAAUCACAGAGCAGCUUUGACCGAGCCCUCUCCGAGAGAGGACACAGCCAGAUAUCGAGUGAUGACACCUGGAAGGGAAAGUCCAACGCCAGGGUUUCGGACCAGAAGCUUUUUGCUUGCCUGCUGAUUAAAUGCGUGGUCCAGCUGGAGCUCAUCCAAACUGUGGACAACAUCGUCUUCUUCCCAGCGACCAGUAAGAAGGAGGAUGCUGACAACAUGGCUGCUGCUCAGCGGGAUGCUCUGGAGGAGUCUGAGGCCGACAGACAGGAGCGGGAGGCAGACCAGGGCAUGUACAGGCACAUGACCUCAGCUCACCUCUUCAAACUGCUCGAUUGCUUACUGGAGUCGCACAACUUUGCGAAGGAAUUCAACUCAAACAACGAGCAGAGGACAGCACUCUGGAGGGCGGGCUUCAAAGGGAAGUCCAAGCCUAACUUGUUGAAGCAGGAGACCAGCAGCCUGGCCUGCAGCCUGAGGAUCUUGUUUAGGAUGUACACUGACCCCCAGCUCAAAGACUCUUGGCCUGACAUCCAGACUCGACUGCUGCUGGUGUGUAGUGAAGCCCUGGCUUACUUCAUCAGUCUGACUUCAGAGAGCCACAGAGAGGCUUGGAACAGUCUUCUGAUGCUGCUCCUCACCAGGACGCUACGGCUGUCCGACGACAAGUUCAAGCCUCACGCGUCCUGCUACUACCCCCACUUGUGUGAAAUGAUGCAGUUCGACCUGAUCCCAGAGCUGCGUGCCGUCCUCAGACGUUUCUUCCUGCGAAUUGGUUCCGCCUUCCGCAUCUCUGCUUGCGACGGGAUGCUUGCUCGGCCUCCCCAGUCUUAGAAUGUUCCGGAGCAAAGGAGGGACGAACACUGAAGCACAUGUGUCGACCAAGACUUGUGGAUCUGCUUGGCUCCCGCGUUCAUGUUCUGACUGUAUGGCUCUGCUUUCUCUGUCCUGAGAGUGGAGAGCACUGUGACUGGCUCCUGUCUGUACGUCAUCUCGCAUCCGUCAUUGAGCAGGUUAUUUAUUUAUGUUCUGUCAAAAUGGGCUGAAUCAGAACGGAUGGCACCCAGUUAGAUUCGGGCCACCAGUGCCUCCCUCAGUGUUGACAUCACUGAGAUUAUGCAUCUUGUUUUAGUGCUUUCACCUCCACUUCAACGCAGUGUCUCAUGGGUUCCUCCUGGGUUUGGUGGCUGCUCCUAUCAAACACAAGCGGCCUCCUUUGCACUCAACUCUCCUCCAACAUUCUUGCCUGUAAUGGAGAUUUUACAUGUAUUUAUUUUGCUUCUCGCUUUAAGUUUGUUUUUUUUUUUUUUACUUCAUGAUCUGUUUACAAUAAGAACAGUUGUUGAAAGACGUCCUUGCUCUGUUCUGUUCAUUCCUAACCCUUACCUGUGAGACAAUUAUGAAAUCCAAACUUGCGUUAAUCUGUGACUUGUGUUCAGAAGAGUCUUUUUGCCUGAAAGUAUAGUCCGAAUACAGUCAACAGACAGGAGCAGAAUUCAAUUUCUGGAAUCUAUAUUGUUUGAUUCCUUGCCUUUUAGAAAAGGUUUGUAAUUAUUUAAAGUGCAUUUAAAUAUUUUAUGAAACGCAUUCCCUCCCUUGCUACUGGAUGUCUACUUUUCUUCCCUAAUGCUUAGGGACUAUGAAAAUAUAUAUAUAUAAAUAUAUAAAUAGGUAGAAAGUCAAUGGGGAAAACCGCUGAUUGUAAAGUUUCCAAUGUAAGAUACCGAAAAUUGAAAGUGAUACAUGGUUCUAUACAUGAUAUUGUGAUGUCAUCUUCCAGGCAUUUGGUGAAGUAAUCAAUAAACCUGAAUU